CCAUACAUGCUACAUUGCUACCAAACACACCCUAAGGCGCCGAACAGGAGCUCCCGAGUCAGGCAUCGAAUUGUAUCUGAACAUUAUUCCUUAUCUUAAGCCUUCCUCCCUGCUCUUUCCCCUUCUCCAGGCUCUCUCUCUCUCUGCGAUAAUCCUCCUGGUUCGAGAUCCACAUCCCGGCGAGACGCAGGGAGGUGCCACGGGAACGUAGCAGGGCCUCUCCCCUACGGAACUAGUGCGAGCUCGGCCGCCCGCCCGCUCGCUCCUCUGGCGGCGCCAGCGUCGGAUGGACGCCGCCUCCUGCUGUCGCGUCUUCUCGACGCGCAGAGAUGCCCCUUCCCGCUGCGCAGGUUGGGGGCGGCACCGUUCUCCACCGGGCUGAGCGAGCUCUUCGACCCGUCGUCGUCGGUCUCGAAGCGCCGGUCCCGUGGCCCCGUCAUGGCCGCGAAGAAGGCCGCGGAUGGUACGAAACAAAAAGAUGGGAAAUAUAAGCACACGGUGGAUCUCCCAAAGACGACUUUUGACUUGAGAGCAAACUCUGUUAUGCGUGAGCCGGAGCUCCAGAAGUUGUGGGAGGAGAACCAGGUGCUGAAGAGGGUGUCUGAAAGGAAUACUGGGGCUACAUUUACUCUUCAUGAUGGCCCUCCUUAUGCUAAUGGUGAUCUUCAUAUGGGUCAUGCGCUGAAUAAAGUCCUCAAAGAUAUUAUAAAUCGCUACAAGCUGCUUCAGAAUCACAAGGUUUCCUUUAUUCCUGGGUGGGAUUGCCAUGGCCUUCCGAUAGAAUUAAAAGUUCUGAAGUCAAUGGACAAAGCAACAUCGGAUGCUCUAACACCUAUAAAAUUAAGGCAAAAGGCUGCAAAAUUUGCUAAAGCGACCGUUAAUGCACAAAUGAAUUCUUUCAAGCGGAUCGGGAUAUGGGCAGAUUGGGACAACCCUUACCUAACUCUGUCGCCAGAAUAUGAAGCUGCUCAGUUGGAAGUGUUUGGUCAAAUGGUUAUGAGAGGAUAUAUCUAUAGAGGACGAAAGCCUGUCCAUUGGAGUCCAUCCUCACGUACCGCUUUAGCAGAAGCUGAGUUGGAGUAUUCGGAAAAUCACGUUUCCAAAAGCAUAUAUGCUGCAUUCAAGAUUACCAGCCCGUCUAACUCUGGGUUGCUAGAUGAAUUUCUCCCUAAUGUUUGCUUAGCCAUAUGGACCACUACUCCAUGGACAAUUCCUGCUAAUGCUGUUGUUGCUGUGAACCCUGAGCUUAGUUAUGCAGUAGUGGAGCUCCAGUCUCUACUGGAAAGUGAGUCAACAUCUGGAGGAAAGCAACGAAAACUUGGGAGUAUUUUGAGCUCUGGGAAUGAGAAACCAUUUAUCAUCGUGGCUUCUGAUCUUGUCUCAGUUCUAGAGUCCAAAUGGGGUGUGAAGCUUGUAAUCCGGAAGUCAUUUCCUGGUUCAGUCUUGGAAUACUGCAGAUACCUACAUCCUGUGAAUGGCAAUGAAUGUUCUGUUGUUAUUGGAGGAGAUUACAUAACAACUGAAUCUGGAACUGGCCUUGUUCACACUGCCCCUGGCCAUGGUCAGGAAGACUACCUAACAGGUCUGAAGUAUGGUCUUCCUAUUGUUUCUCCCGUGGAUGAUGAAGGGAACUUCACUGCUGAAGCUGGACAAUUUAGUGGUUUAUCUGUCCUGGGAGCUGGUAAUGCUGCAGUUGUGAAGUAUCUGGACGAACAUGUUUCACUUAUCUUAGAAGAGCCCUACAAACACAAGUACCCCUAUGACUGGAGAUCGAAAGAACCAACCAUAUUCCGAGCAACUGAACAGUGGUUUGCCUCUGUGGAUGGUUUUCGGGAUGCUGCACUGGAUGCAAUCAAGCGAGUAACUUGGGUUCCUUCUCAGGGUGAAAACAGGAUUGUUAACAUGAUCUCUGGCCGUUCUGACUGGUGCAUUUCCCGGCAGAGAACAUGGGGAGUUCCCAUUCCUGUUUUUUAUCAUGUAGACACACAAGAACCUCUUAUAACCGAAAAAACGAUUGAACAUAUCAAGGGUAUAGUGUCAGAAAAAGGCAGUGAUGCCUGGUGGUAUAUGCCAACUGAGGAACUUCUUCCAGAGAAAUAUCGUGACAAAGCAUCUGAGUAUCGCAAGGGCACUGAUACAAUGGAUGUUUGGUUCGACUCUGGCUCCUCAUGGGCUGCUGUUUCAGCAAAACGAGAUGGCCUUAAUUUCCCUGCAGAUGUAUACCUUGAAGGUUCAGACCAACAUCGUGGAUGGUUUCAGAGUUCAUUGUUAACCAGCAUCGCUACUACAGGAAAGGCUCCAUAUUCCAGUGUUAUUACCCACGGUUUCGUAUUGGACGAAGAAGGUUUCAAAAUGAGCAAAUCUGUUGGUAAUGUGGUGGAUCCUGAGAAAGUGAUUGUUGGUGGGAAAAAUUCUAAGGAAGAGCCUCCUUAUGGAGCAGAUGUUCUCCGUCUAUGGGUUUCUAGUGUAGAUUACACUGGAGAUGUGUUGAUUGGUUCACAAAUCUUACGCCAGAUGUCUGACAUGUAUAGGAAACUACGAGGCACAAUGCGUUUUCUGUUAGCAAAUCUCCAUGAUUGGAAACCGGAGAAUUCUGUGCCCUACAGUGAUCUGCCGAAAAUUGACCAGUAUGCACUUUUCCAACUGGAAAAUGUCGUGGCGUCCAUGAAGGAUGGUUAUGAUAAUUACCAGUUCUAUAAAAUAUAUCAGACCCUUCAGAGAUUCGCCAUCGUUGGUUUGUCCAAUUUCUAUUUUGAUGUUGCAAAAGACCGACUUUAUGUUGGUGGCCGAGUUAGCUACACGAGGAAAAGCUGCCAGACAGUACUUGCUGCACAUCUACUCUACCUUGUUAGGGCCAUUGCUCCGAUUAUGCCACACUUAGCAGAGGAUAUCUGGCAGAACUUGCCCUUUCAACACACCUUGGAAGAUGGAUCUGUUGCCAAGUUUGCUUUUGAUCUAAAAUGGCCAGAUAAGAAUGAAGAAUGGCGCUCAGUUCAAAAGGAUGAUGUUGAUUUUCUGGGUGUUAUCCUGGAGUUGAGAUCAGAGGUGAACAAGAUUUUGGAGAGCGCUAGAACAGGGAAGCUGAUAGGCGCUAGUUUGGAUGCAAAGGUUUAUCUCCAUGCUGAAAAUCCUGAUACGGUAUCCAAACUGAAGGAGCUGGCUUCUGCAACCAAUGAUGCAGAUGCUCUUCAUCGCCUAUUUAUCACGUCUCAGGUGGAGAUUCUCCCAUCCCUGAGCGAAGAAACCAAAUUGGGUGUGUCCUAUGCGGGAAAGUUCAGCGACCCACGCACGGGAGAGAUCUGGAUCGGUGCGACUCGUGCGGAUGGCGUGAAAUGCGAGCGCUGCUGGGUUUACACCAAGGACGUUGGGUCGUUCCUUGACCAUCCUACGCUAUGCUCGCGGUGCCACGGCGUCAUUGAUCUGCAACCGCAAGCAUCUCCUGCCACCGCCGCCGCCGCUGUCGCUUGAAGAGCGGCGACCUGGAUCUAACCUCCACUUCAUUGUGAAGAUUGUAGGUGGAAUUCAUCGACUUUUUGUUCCACGAAGAAAGCUUUGACCGUUAUACUGAACAAAAUAGAAGAGAAGAUUUUUAGGGGCUUCUGAAACCGGUUUUGAACCCCAUUUUCUUUGUAUGUAGUACAACUACACAUAAGCUUUACCAAUUUUUAGUAAUUGGAGUUUUUGACCUUCCUGUACCCGUGUUGCAGAACUCCUCCCACUAUACAGUAGAUGAAACAAUUUUGCGCCUAAA